AUGUUCAACCGCGUCUUAAUCUCGGCAGAUGAAGCAAGAGUCUUGUGCCUUUUCGGCAUGGGGCCAUUGGCUGGGUCACAUGAUACAGAAGCAGGAGGACAGGAGGAUAGGGAUAAGCAACUAAUUGCCGUUGGAGGAAGUGAGAAAAGAUCUCCAUGGAAUGGCACAGGAGGCACAGUAGGGGUCAGUGAAUCUCCAACAAGUGCAGGUCAAAGACAACUACACUUAUCAGAACCACUGAAAAGUAACAAGGUGGAUAGGAAUGCAGAAGCAAUGCUAAUUGAGUCAGCAAGCAGACCUGGGAAUCAGGAUAAUGGUGGAUUGGAGUUGGUGGUUGUACAUCCCACACCAAAAGGGAAAAAUCCAAAGCUAUGGAAGAGGAUACCUAAUGAAGGGAGAUUACAGAGGCAACCAAGCAGAGUGCAAAAUAUGAGAACUAGUGGAGAAGAACUGAUAGAAGAAGGGGAAGAUAGAAGCGGGAUGAUGGUUUUCAGUGCAAAAUUGACUGCCUCUAGCAGAUUGUUGUUUGUCUUCUAUCUCUUUUGGGUUGUGUGUGUUUUCGCUCGGGUGAUACCUGUGGGUAAUAUCGAUGAAGCUACCACAAAAGCUAUGAACUUAGAAAUGGAGGGCAGUUUGAAGAAAUGA